CAUUACUGGCUUCAUCUAGCUCUCUAAUUAGAAACUUAACUCUCUCUCUCUCUCUCUCUCUCUCGUUUUCUCUCUCUCUCUGCGCUGCAACCAGACCACAGCACAGCAACAAUGGCAAAGAGCACAUGGUUUCUUCUAGUUUCUCUUCUUGUUGUCUCUGCUGCAGCUGCUACUCAGAUCAAAGUUACUAAUAACCCUGCGGAUGAGUUAGUGAGUGUGAUUAACAGCAACAGAACUGCACAUAAGGCUUCAACCCUCUAUGACAACCCUGGCUUGGCCUGCAUUGCCCUGCAAUACAUAAAAGCAUACCAAGGUGAAUGUAGUGCUGUAGGAGGAGAUGACGCCAAGAAGCCCCCUGAAUCUGAAUUUGCUGAAACUUUUGCCCCCAACUGCGGUGUUCUAGCCUCAACCCUCACUCCAAUUACCGGUCGUUUACUUGGCUGCCAGUCCAAAUAUGUGCCUCCUUCUGAUGCAUUUUCAAAAAUCUUGAUUGAAAACAGCAAGAGCUUAGAAAUUCUCUACAACAAGAACCACACUGAAGUGGGAGCUGCUGUGAGUGGCAGUGAUAGAGGGUCUCCAUAUUUCUGGUGUGUGUUGUUCAGCAGUGGCAAGGCUAACAGCAGCUUUGCAACAGAGCGAGGUGCGCCUAAAGUAACAAGACCUGGAUGCUUUAGUGGUGCUGAUGACGAGUGCAGUGGUGCCGAUGAUCGAUCUAGAAGCAGUCAUAUGUGGUCAUUUUUCACCGCAGCUCUGAUUGCAAUGUGGUAUGCCUUUGGAUUGUGAAAAUCGGAUUGUUUUCCAUGUAACUUUGGGGCCCCUUUUGAUCUGUUGUAUUGAUGGGCUUUGUCCUCUGUAAGUUCAUUUUCAUUGUACGUAGAGUCUAACUGCGAGAUCAAUGUCAUUCAUUUUCUUCAGUUAUUCCCUUGUAAAAUAUUUUUAUUGGCUGCGAAAGGAGCAUUCAUUUUAUAUUACUCAUUGAAUGAUAAACGAACCUGUUUAGUUCUGCUAUUUU